AUGAAACAAUUAUUAAGACAAAGAUUAAUGGAAUAUGGUUGGAGAGAUCAGAUGAAAGCUUAUUAUAUUGUUAAGCAAAAAGGUCUUGAAAAUAUCACAGUUGAUGAACUUGUUCAAGAAAUAACACCAAAAGGUCGUGCACUUGUUCCUGAUUCAAUUAAAAAAGAAAUGUUGACUGUUCUUCGUCAAUAUUUAUCAAAACAUGAAGAGCUCUGA